GAUACCGAGGCUGAACCUACCCACACUUUUAGCUUGCUUUCUUAUGUUCUUGACGAGAAAGCAUUUUGGCACCGACCGCUGAGUCCACGAGAGCCAGAUUUAUUAACCUGCAGGGAGCUCAAUCUGUUCGAAGAAUGGAAGGUCUCUACCAAGGUUGAUGGUAGUGAAGGUCCAACCAGCAGUGACCCUAUCAGGACGACAGAGGACAUCACUAAUAGAAACAAAAGGACGACAUGCAUGUCCUUAAACGAGACGGCUGACAACUGCGUUGCUUUGAAAAAAAGGGCAAGGAUGUUUCAGAACACAGAUGAGCUGUCGAGCAACAUUCAUCAUGAGAUGCCACACACUUUAGGAACUGUAAGCGCAUCAUCACACGAGAAAGAUCAGUCAUCAAGCGACGCUAAUCUUGGUCAGAUCCAACAAACACCGGUCCAUGGCACCUCUUCAGCUACCAACAAAGACUUCCCAUGGGACGACCCUGAUAUGGUAGCGCAGUUGAUCGAGUCUACCGAUAGGAUUGAGGAAGAGUGGUUUUCACAACAAAGACAAACUCAGUAUACCACAUCAGUUACACAAGACAUCCACAUAUCAGAGAUCAAGCCCAAUGAGAUUUGUUGCAAUUUCACCUCAAAUCCAGUCGAAAGUGCUGUUUUCAGCGACAUUGUGUCACGAAUACCACCCCAUUCAAGGCAAAAGAGCCCAAGAAUAGUACAAAUGGGCUCGACAUGGGUUGAACAUAGGGUUUUUGGCCUGAGCAUGCAAGUGUAUGGCCGGGUCAAUAAGUACGUGAUCAAUAUGUUGGGAAAAGCAGUAAUGGCCGAGCAAACCGAAAAGGAUAGGCUCAAUCUUCUCCAGCGAAGUUACUGGUCAAGAUACUAUGUCGAAUGCGACACUGCU